GAGAGUGUGUGUGUGUAUGUGUGCGUGUGCAUCACGACUGUGUGUGUGUCGGUUGAGUGCGAGAGUGCACGCGUGAGUGUGUUUGUGUGCAUGUGUGUGUGAUUGCUCUCAGUUAUUAUUUUUGUGGAAGAAAAAUCUUGAAAAUCUGGGGCAGGUUACUGUGCUCCUAGGGGCGGUAGUUCUUCUUUUGCAAGAGGAGCUGACCAGACCAAGCUACUAGAGACAAUUUUUCGGCAAGUAAAGAGAAUUUUCCUCCCAGAACGAGAGGCAUUUUUCUCCCCCCUGGCUCUGCAGCGAGUAAAAGAGAUUAGUCCCUAAACCCUGUGAAAUCGACUAGAGCCGAGUGAUUACCAGGGCUUGAGAGAGGACUGGGGAAGAAAAAGAGAAAUAAAUCAAACAGCCUGUCAGUGCCUUUGGCCACGUUGGAAGAUGUCAUCUCAAACUAAGUUCAAGAAAGACAAAGAGAUCAUUGCUGAAUAUGAAGCCCAAAUAAAAGAGAUCCGCACGCAGCUGGUGGAGCAGUUCAAAUGCCUGGAGCAGCAGUCCGAGUCGCGCCUGCAGCUGCUCCAGGACCUCCAGGAGUUCUUCCGCCGCAAAGCUGAGAUUGAGCUCGAGUACUCCCGCAGCCUGGAGAAGCUGGCCGAGCGCUUCUCCUCCAAGAUCCGCAGUUCCCGGGAGCACCAGUUCAAGAAGGACCAGUACCUCCUCUCACCCGUGAACUGUUGGUAUCUGGUCCUGCAUCAGACCAGGCGGGAGAGUCGAGAUCAUGCCACCCUCAACGACAUCUUCAUGAACAAUGUCAUCGUCCGCCUCUCACAGAUCAGCGAGGAUGUCAUCAGACUCUUCAAAAAGAGCAAGGAGAUUGGUCUGCAGAUGCAUGAGGAGCUCCUGAAGGUCACCAAUGAGCUCUACACAGUCAUGAAAACCUACCACAUGUACCAUGCAGAGAGCAUCAGUGCAGAAAGCAAGCUAAAGGAGGCCGAGAAGCAGGAGGAGAAGCAGUUCAACAAGUCUGGCGACCUCAGCAUGAACCUGCUCCGACACGAGGACCGGCCCCAGCGCCGCAGCUCUGUGAAGAAAAUUGAGAAGAUGAAGGAGAAGAGGCAGGCAAAGUAUUCUGAGAACAAGCUGAAAUGCACAAAGGCCCGGAAUGACUACUUGCUGAAUCUGGCGGCCACCAACGCAGCUAUCAGCAAGUACUACAUCCACGACGUCUCCGACCUAAUCGACUGCUGUGACUUGGGCUUUCAUGCCAGCCUGGCCCGCACCUUCCGGACCUACCUCUCAGCUGAGUACAACCUGGAGACCUCUCGCCACGAGGGGCUGGAUGUCAUCGAGAACGCGGUAGACAACCUGGACUCCCGAAGCGACAAGCACACUGUCAUGGACAUGUGCAACCAGGUCUUCUGUCCUCCACUCAAGUUUGAGUUCCAGCCCCAUAUGGGGGAUGAGGUUUGCCAGGUCAGCGCUCAGCAGCCCGUCCAGACGGAAUUGCUCAUGCGGUACCACCAGCUGCAGUCCAGACUGGCCACUCUCAAGAUAGAGAAUGAGGAGGUUAGAAAAACCCUGGAUGCCACCAUGCAGACCUUACAGGACAUGCUGACUGUGGAGGACUUUGAUGUUUCUGACGCCUUCCAACACAGUCGAUCUACAGAGUCUGUGAAGUCGGCUGCCUCUGAGACCUACAUGAGCAAGAUCAACAUUGCCAAAAGGAGGGCCAACCAGCAAGAAACAGAAAUGUUUUAUUUUACGAAAUUUAAAGAAUAUGUGAAUGGCAGUAACCUCAUCACUAAACUACAGGCCAAGCAUGACUUACUCAAGCAGACCCUGGGUGAAGGGGAGAGAGCAGAAUGUGGCACAACCAGGCCCCCCUGCCUUCCCCCUAAACCACAGAAAAUGAGGAGACCUAGGCCUCUCUCAGUGUGUAGCCAUAAACUAUUUAACGGCUGUAUGGAAGCGUUUAUUAAGGAUUCAGGACAAGCUAUACCACUUGUAGUCGAGAGCUGCAUCCGGUACAUCAAUUUAUAUGGACUCCAGCAGCAAGGGAUCUUCCGAGUGCCAGGAUCUCAGGUUGAAGUCAACGACAUAAAAAAUUCUUUUGAAAGGGGUGAAGACCCCCUUGUGGAUGAUCAAAUGAACGAGAUAUCAAUUCAGUCGCUGGUGUUUUUAAAACUGUAUUUCCGAGGACUGGAAACACUCUUUCCUAAGGAAAGGUUUCAAGAUUUGAUAUCUACUAUUAAACUGGAGAACCCAGCUGAGAGGGUGCACCAGAUCCAGCAAAUCCUCAUCACCCUUCCCCGCGUGGUCAUCGUGGUCAUGAGAUACCUCUUCGCUUUCCUCAACCACCUCUCGCAGUAUAGUGACGAGAACAUGAUGGACCCCUACAACCUGGCCAUCUGCUUCGGGCCCACCCUCAUGCACAUCCCUGAUGGGCAGGACCCUGUGUCCUGCCAGGCACACGUCAACGAAGUCAUCAAAACCAUCAAUCAUGAAGCCAUCUUCCCCAGCCCCCGGGAGCUAGAGGGACCUGUGUAUGAAAAAUGCAUGGCUGGAGGGGAAUAUUGUGACAGUCCACAUAGUGAGCCAGGGACUAUCGAUGAAGUUGACCAUGACAAUGGCACGGAGCCUCACACGAGUGACGAAGAAGUGGAGCAGAUCGAGGCCAUCGCCAAGUUUGACUACGUGGGGCGGUCCCCGCGUGAGCUGUCCUUCAAGAAGGGGGCCUCUCUGCUCCUGUACCACCGUGCCUCGGAGGACUGGUGGGAGGGUCGUCACAAUGGCGUGGAUGGACUCAUCCCACAUCAGUACAUAGUCGUACAGGACAUGGACGAUGCCUUCUCCGACAGCCUGAGCCAAAAGGCUGACAGUGAAGCCAGCAGUGGGCCGCUGCUGGAUGACAAGGCCUCCUCCAAAAACGACCUCCAGUCGCCCACGGAGCACAUCUCGGAUUACGGCUUUGGGGGGGUGAUGGGCCGAGUGCGGUUACGAUCUGAUGGAGCGGCCAUCCCCAGGCGCCGAAGCGGGGGCGACACACACAGCCCGCCCCGGGGCCUGGGCCCCAGCAUAGACACGCCGCCCCGGGCUGCCGCCUGCCCCAGCAGCCCCCACAAAAUCCCCCUCACCCGGGGGAGGAUCGAGAGCCCCGAGAAGCGGAGGAUGGCGACAUUUGGGAGUGCCGGCAGCAUCAACUACCCUGACAAGAAGGCUCUCUCCGAAGGGCACUCGAUGAGGUCGACAUGCGGCUCCACCAGGCACAGCAGCCUGGGGGACCACAAGUCCCUGGAGGCUGAGGCCCUGGCAGAAGACAUCGAGAAGACCAUGAGCACGGCUCUGCAUGAGUUGCGGGAGCUCGAGAGACAGAACACGGUCAAGCAGGCGCCAGAUGUGGUGCUGGACACCCUGGAGCCCCUGAAAAACCCGCCGGGCCCCAUCAGCUCAGAGCCCGCCAGCCCCCUGCACACCAUCGUCAUCCGCGACCCCGAUGCCGCCAUGCGCCGCAGCAGCAGCUCGUCCACCGAGAUGAUGACCACCUUCAAGCCAGCGCUGUCCGCCCGUCUGGCCGGCGCCCAGCUGCGCCCGCCCCCCAUGCGGCCCGUGCGGCCGGUGGUCCAGCAUCGCUCCAGCAGCAGCAGCAGCUCGGGCGUGGGCAGCCCGGCCGUCACGCCCACGGAGAAGAUGUUCCCCAACAGCUCCGCGGACAAGUCGGGCACCAUGUGACCUCCAGGACGGGGCGGCACCGCCCUGGCCCACCGUGGCCCGCCGUGGCUGAGGGCGGCCUCUGUGACUUCCGCGGCCUUCCCAGUGCCCCUGGCCUUGUCGGGUGGGGACCAGAAGGUCCUCCUGGAAGCGCGUCUGUGCAGAGCUGAGGCCCAGGCACUGGCCGCAGCUCACGUUCAGCCACGUGAAUCCCGCAGACCUCCCGUGUGUAAGCAGGCGCCCAGAGGGGUGCAGGUGCAGGAGCAGGAGGCCCCACUAGAGCAUCUCCUAAGAUUGGGGCAAAAUGUUAAACGGCUUCCCCGCAUAUGGUCACUGGAAAAUGAUUCUCUCCACAUUCUCUCUACAUACAUAAAUAUGUGUGUAUAUAUAUGUGUGCAUAUAUACACACAUACAU